GAAAGUGGUAUAAAUUCUUCAGAUAUAAAAAAACUUGCAGAUAAUGGAUAUACCACAGUUCAGUCUGUUGCUUUUUCACCAAGAAAAGCUUUAUUGACAAUCAAAGGAAUUUCAGAAGCAAAAGUAGAUAAAAUUCAAGCUGAAGGAAAGUUAAAUUGA